GGACAAAGGAAACGAGACCAUCCAAUAUUCGAAAAUCGAGUGUGAGUUUCGCAAGAGCUUUUCCUGACGUACUGAAGAUCCUUAAGGUGGCUGGAAAAGAUUCUCAAAUGCCUGAAAGACGGACAGGAAAGGGAACUGCCCAUAACUCGAGGACGGAGAAAACAAGUCUCGAAGACCAAGAUAUUGUUGAAAGCCCAAGAGCUGGAUAAAGAUAAUAUUUAAAUAUAUUUUUAUAAAAGUGGAUGAGAAAGUUUGUUGUACAAUUCUUUUAUGUGUGUGUGUCAUAAAUAUACUAUAAAAGUGAGAAAUAAUGGUUAUAAAUAAUUGGAAACCUCUGAAGAUGUGAUAUCUCUUGUCUUCGUUAUCAGUGAAAACUCGGGUGAUUCAAAAAAAUUAGCAAAAAAUCUGAAAGGUGGACCUGUGCCAUCGGCCGCUAUCCAGUUGUAGAUUAUGGUCUUGAGCAUGGAGGAUGCAGAGUUUUCGAAGCCCCUGCACAUCCAGCGUCUAGAACAGGCACUCAAGCUCGACCCAUUUCUCAACUAUGUGGAACAGGUCAUCAACCAGCCCGUCAGUGACGACACAGCAUCAGAAUCAGACGUAGAAGGAAGUAUAUCCUUGAAGAAUGGUAUAUCGCGAACAAAAGAUGAAAGAGAAAAUGACAAAUCACACCUAUACAACUUUUUGGGCGUUCGUCGCAAGAGACAAUGGCUGAAGGAUGUACUGGUGUCGUCGUCCUCGUCCUCCUCUGAGACCGAGAAUGACACAGAAAAUGAGGAUGGGCCAGAGCUCACGCCUGCUGACCUGGAGAACAUGCUCAGGGAACACCGCCUCCGCAAGCAUCACCAGUCACACUUUUACCAGAAUGAAGAGAAUCGAGGCUACCUAUACUAUAGUGCUGGCUUGCUCUCGCGUGUUGACAAAUACCCAGAGCACCAGCGAUUUAUGGCUGGGUCAAGGAGAAAAAAGAACAAAGAGAAAAAGGAGAAAGAAAAGCUGAAAAAGAAAUUAAAGAAAGAAGAGGAGGAGGAUGAACUUUAUGCGGAUAGCCCUCUUGCACAGAAUGAGGACAGCUUGCACAGCUUCCCCGAUGACGCGUCUGAUGACCUCUCCAUACCUGUCAAGGGACGAGGGAGGGCCAGCAAGAAGGAUAAGAAGCCCAAGAAACUGGAUGCGCAGGCCCUGACCAUGCGCAGACACAAGUUAUGGGUGCUGAUGGCCAAAAAGGAGGUGGGCCGAUGCCAGAAAUCCAAGGCCUCUUUCCGCAAGGAGGUACUCCAGAACUGCAAGCGCAUGGCCACAGGGUGUAUGCGUGUGUGUAGACAGAAGGCCUUACAGAGCCAGAAAACAGUUAAAGACAAAGUGUGGAUGCUGAAGCGACUCACAAGAACUAUGCAAGGAGAAUGGAAGAAGUUUGACCGCAUCUUGAAGGAGCAGAACAGAAGAGCUGAGAGGGAGGCAGAGGAACAGCGCAAAAUGGACAAGGAAAUCCUGGAGGUAAAGAGACAACAACGCAAGGUCAACUUCCUCAUCACACUGCCAGAGCUCUAUGCUCACUUCAUGAAGAACAAGAUGGGCUCAGCUUCCAUGGACGAUGAGGACACGAGCAACAUCCUCAAGCAGCUGGAGGACGAUGGGCCCAUCCCUUCUUCUUCCUCUAUAGAUGAUUAUGAUUGUGAGGCCAUGAAGGCUCAAGCACUGAAGACGGCACAGGAGGCCUAUUCCACCCAGCAGGCACGACUCAGUAUGUUCUCAAGCAUGGAUGGUGAGAGCCUGCCCAACGUUGGGGGAUCGAAGGAGGCCAAGGAGCAUCCACAGCCCACUAUCUUCAAGGGCAUUCUCAAGAGUUACCAGAUGAAGGGCAUGAACUGGCUGGCUAAUCUCUAUUACUUUGGCAUUAAUGGUAUCCUUGCAGACGAGAUGGGUCUGGGCAAGACAGUACAAUCAAUUGCCUUCCUUGCACACAUUUGUGAACAGUAUGAUACAUGGGGCCCCUUCCUGAUUAUCACCCCUGCUUCAACCCUUCACAAUUGGACAGGAGAAAUAGCCAGAUUUGUGCCAGAUUUCCAAGUGGUGCCAUACUGGGGCAACCCUGAGGAGCGCAAGAACCUCCGCAAGUUCUUUGACGGGAAGAACCUUGGUACAAGGGAGGCUAGCUUCCACGUGGUUGUCACAAGCUACCAGAUCGUCAUCCAGGACUUCAGGUUCCUCAACCGCCUCAAGUGGAAUUACAUGGUCCUUGAUGAGGCUCAGGCCAUCAAGAGCAUCAACAGCCAGAGAUGGAAGCUCCUUCUGGGCUUCAGCUGCCGCAACCGACUGCUACUCUCAGGAACUCCCAUCCAAAACAGCAUGGCAGAGCUGUGGGCUCUCCUUCACUUCAUCAUGCCUUCCCUGUUCGACUCUCACCUGUGGUUCAACGAGUGGUUCAGCAAGGACAUUGAAGGCCACGUGGAGAACAAAACACACGUGGACGAGAAGCACUUGAAUCGACUCCACAUGAUUCUCAAGCCAUUCAUGUUGAGAAGAGUGAAAACAGAGGUCGAGAAUGAGCUUUCGGACAAGAUUGAGAUCAUGAUGUACUGCCCACUUACCCUAAGGCAGAAGUUUCUCUACAAUGGCCUCAAGAACAAAAUCAGCAUCGACGAACUCCUGCGUUCCUCUAUGGGUCCCUCAUCACAGCAAACAUCAGUCACCUCGUCACUCAUGAAUCUUGUCAUGCAGUUCAGGAAGGUGUGCAACCACCCUGAACUCCUAGAGAGACGAGAAGUGCGCUCCCCCUACACAAUGCAGCCUGAGCCUUACAACAUGCCCAAGUUGGUGUUCAGGGAUGUGUACCUCAUCCGAGACAACCCCAGUCAACACCACUUGCUCUAUAACAAGCUGUCAGUGUUUAGUCCACAGUACAUACAUUCUAGUUUGAAGGAAGAAGGGAAAUCAAACCGGUGUUUUUCAUUCCUCCGGUUCAUUGAUCUGAGUCCCUGUGAAGUCCAAACCUUCAAGAAAGAUCACCUGCUAACUCAGCGAUGGCUCCUCCUGCUGGCAGCAAUGCAGUACGAGAAGAUUCGGCAGCACCGCAGCACCUGGCAGGAGAAAGACAAGCGAUCAAGUCCAAGCCUCAUGCCUGUGCGGAGGGACCACCUCAUAGUAGAUGGUAAUUUGUGCCCGGCAAGAAUAGCAUCAAGUAGAGUGCUCUCCAACCUCAUCUUUACCUCGAACACAUCCUCAGUUUAUACCUUCACAGAUCAUGUGAUUCACCACAUGCCAGAGACGAUGAGUCAUAGAAUUAUGAGAUCGAAGAAAGUGAAACCCCCGCUUAUAGAGGUCUUGUCAGAAGCCACGGAGGGAGCGGGGACAACAGGGGAGGAGGCCAAGGCGACCGACACCCCAGAGCAAAUAACCCCGAAGGACGAAUCCGCCAACCCCUCGCAGGCCACUACUGGGGAGAAGUUGUCCUCCCCGCCCAAGCCAGCCCACCUGGCUAAGCUUGGGAGUCCUCAGAAGGUGGGCGGUGGCUCGUCAUCCAAGUCCUCCCACAGGAGAUCGGGAGCCGGUUCCAAACAUGGCUCCAAGAAGCACGGGAGCAAGAAGGACCACGGAGGCCUAGGCGGUCUCGGCGGGCUGGGCGACGGCGCGGAAGGCCUGGGCGAGGAGCUGAACCUUCUGCCGGAGGUGCCUCACGUGGAGCGGCCGAAGGAGGUGCGCGCCUGCCUGCCCACGCUGCUUCCGCCCUUCCUCAUGCACACGUGCGCCAAGGCCCAAUGCGCGGAGAAGGAGAUCGUGUGUCACGACCGGAGCGCCGCGUGGUGUCGUGUGCGGGCGGCGCGGACGGACUGCGAGGAGGGUGUGCAGUGCCUUCUCUAUGGCUCGCCGAAGCUGGCGGUGGAGUGGCAGGAGCGCCGGAGUCGCCUCACGCAGGUGGAGAUGGGCGGGCUGAGGGCGAGCUACCCGAGGCUGGGCUGGAGCCACGUCCUCAUUCCAGACAAGCACUCCCUCAUCAUGGACGCCGGCAAGCUCUACGUCCUGGACACCCUCCUGUCGCGGCUGAAGGCGGAGGGACACCGCGUGCUCAUCUACUCGCAGAUGACCAAGAUGAUCGAUUUGUUGGAGGAGUACAUGUGGCACCGCAAGCACAAGUACAUGAGGCUGGACGGCUCCUCGAAGAUCUCGGACCGCCGCGACAUGGUGGCCGACUUCCAGACCAAGACGGACAUCUUUGUGUUCUUGCUGUCGACCCGAGCGGGAGGCGUGGGCAUCAACCUCACGGCGGCAGAUACGGUUAUCUUCUACGACUCGGACUGGAACCCGACGGUGGACCAGCAGGCCAUGGACCGCGCCCAUAGGCUGGGCCAGACCAAGCAGGUCACGGUCUACAGGCUGGUUUGCAAGGCAACCAUCGAGGAGCGCAUCCUGCAGAGGGCCAGGGAGAAGAGCGAGAUCCAGCGCAUGGUGAUCAGCGGCGGCAACUUCAAGCCGGACACCCUCAAGCCCAAGGAGGUGGUCUCGCUCCUCCUCGACGACGACAUCGAGAAGCAGUACCGCGCAAGACAGCAGGAGCGAAGGAUCCUGGAAGAACACAAGAUUGAGAUAAACCGAGAGAAGAUGAGAGAGAGGAUGAGGAAGAGAUACGCAGAGAAGAAGUGGGAGCGCGAGCAGGAGGAGAAGCGGCGCCGCCUGGAGGAGGGCCUGGACGUGGGCGGCGACAGCACGCCCUUCAACUCCACGCCCGCGUCGCCCGCCCACAGUGAGGUGUCCGUGACGACGAGCCUGCUCUUGGACGACGCCAGCAACGACGGCUCGCUUAUCGUCGAUGUCGAGUCGCCCGCGCCGCCCACGCCAGUGUCCUCUUCGGCCGCGAGCCUGGGCGGCGGGUCCUCGUCCGCCCCGCCCAUCCGCGGCCAGAGGAAGCGCGGCCGCCCGAAGGGAUCGGGGCUGCGCGGGCGGCUCUCCAGGCCCUCGGAGGCGGGCGGCGGCGGCGGAGGCGGCGUGAGCGGCGGCGGAGGCGGUGUCGGAGGGGCGUCGUCCGCUGGCUUCGGAGGGACGGGGUCGCCGGGUGGGUCGAGCGGCAACCCGGCGGGCUCCUCGGGCCCGGUGAAGCGAGGCCGAGGCCGCCCGCGCCUGCUGCCGCUGGGGCCCGGCCACCAGGGCACGCGCACGCCGCCCGCGCUCCCCCUCGCCCUCGGCACGGCACUCAACACGCCCAAAACGGACGACAACAGCACGCCCAAGCCGUUCGGGUUCUACACCUGAGGGGCGGACCGAGGGGCGCCGAAGGAGAAGCAGCAGUGAGGGCGCCGCGGGAUCCUCGUCCUUCGGCCUCGGGGCAGCGGAGGCGCGUCGAAGGUCGACACGUAGGUGUUGCGUUUAGUGUAGGGAGCGCCGAGCAGAGAGAGGAAGGAGGGAGGCGGCAUGGAUUUGAACGAAGAGGAGGGGAGGAGGAGGGAGAGGAGGCGGGGAACGGAGCCGCCGCCGCCAGGGGACCAAAGUGGACAGCCGCAAGUCGCCCGGACACACGCGUGCCAAGGAGGGCCUAGGGAGGGAGGCACUGGCCCCCUCAACGCACCCCUCUCCUCCCCACCCCUCUCCCUAUGGCCUUCAAAAGGAGGGUUGAGGGAGGGAGGGGGCAGUGUCUCCCCAUGUCCCGUCCCCCCCUGCCCCCUCCCCCCGCCCCCCGUACCCCCUCUGUGCCUGACUGAUUCUUCCUUCGAUGGAGCGCUCGAUUUAGGCCCUAGAUUUGUUUCUUUUUUAAGAAUGGCGAGGACAGUGGAUGGUGCAUAAUGUAAUUCCCUGUAUAAAAUAGAUAUAUAACUUAAUGAAUGCAUUGAUAAAUGGGUAAUUCUUCCAUGAGAGUUUUGGACCAAGUGUUGUUGUUCAUUAUCUUUUUUAUCAAACUCCUCCUGAUAUUAAGUCCAGAUUGUCUUUUUUAGGUUAUGUCAAAGGGAUAUGACACAUAUCUUUUAUUUAAUAUAAAAAGGUCUUACACGCAACCUAUCUUAGAUUAUGUAUAUGUUGGGAAGAACCAAAGACAUGUGUUCUUUUUUUUCCUCUUUUUUUAUAAUGAUGUAUCAAGUCGAGGUUUCGUGUACGUAUGUGUAUGUGUGUGUACAUAGAGGUAAAUCGCGGGGUGUACACGAGAGAGCAGCGUGCGUUUGAGACGCUGGUGGCUGCUAAUGCUCAUUUUGCUCAAUGAUUAUUUACUUUCCCCCUUUUUUUCUUGUUUUCUUUUUUUUUUCUUUUAGUCUGCGCUCUUCCAAGGAUUUCUAUAAGCCAGUCGAGGAUUGUUUGAAAAGCAUGUAUGAUCAUUCCGUCGUUUCAUUUCUCUCUCUCUUUCCUCUCUUUAUCUCUUCCCCUUCUUCCUCUUUUUUUUCGUUCACUGCAAACCAUCGAGGCAGCGUGACAUGAGUGCAGUGGGUAAGCGCGCCCAUUUGAGUGGACUUUGCGCGCGGAGAUUUCAACGCCGCGAGGGGAAGUUAUCCAAAUUCUUGCGAGUGCGGAGACUCUCCUUAGCAGUCGCUCUCGGCUUCCCUUAUUCCCCUUUCUGGUACGGAAGGGCUUGUUUCUUGUAUUUAUCUUCAUUUUGGAUAAUUAUUCCUACCCAUUCCUUAGAAAUAAAAGAAAAAAAGGAAAAUAUGGAAGACGAGGGAGAAGGGGAUAAAGAAUGAACACUGUAAUGAAAGAGGAAGAGAGAAAGAGAAAAGACUACGAGAAAAGAGAGAAAGAGAGAGAGAGAAGAAAGAGAAAAGACUACGAGAAAAGAGAGAAAGAGAGAGAGAGACAGAGAAGAGAGAAAAACAGACUCCAACUUCAAAAGAGAAAUAUAUUCCAGAUAGCAAAAAACCACAACGCAAAACAAACAACCAACCAAACAAAAACAAAAGUGCACGUGACUUAACGAAGAGUAUAAUCUUAAGAAUGACUCACAAUACGUAACUUUUUUUCAAGACGUCCUCACGCAGGACUCCUGACUUACGUGUCUAUCAUAUCGACCAGUCUUUUUUUACGAGGGUUGCGUCCUUGUUUCGACUUCAGUGUAACAGUGUAUGUCUUUUACACCCAUUGUAUGUACCAUCGAGACUGUGAUUGUGUGAUAAAUAAAAUAUUUGUUGAGCA